GAGAUGUUUAUUCAACAUUUAUGGGAAGACUCUCCAGUGUCAGUUCUUUGUAGAAAGUCUAUAGGACAGAUGACUUUGGUGAAGAAACAACUGUUUAUAGCUGCUGUAACUUAAGUGAUGGUCAUUCUACAGCAUUAUAUGUAAGUAUGAAUGGUUGAAAGUAUAAUGUCCCACAGCAUGCAGCAAUUUGCCAACAAUUACAGUUUUUAAUUUAUUAUUAUUAUUAUUAUUAUUAUUAUUAUUAUUUAUUGGUAUAAGAGGAAUAAAACACAUCAGGAUGUGGUAUUAUUGGGGGAAAAAUCAACUUCAGGUUGGGAACAGUAACUCUGCUUCACUCUGGGCCACAUCACACCACCCUGUUGUUAUUUAUUUUUCUAUAACAGCAUGUUCCCCAAGUGGUUUAUUUCUUAUCUUCAUCUUCAGCCAGUUUUCACAAAAUGAAUUUCAUUACAAUUAUCGUACAAUUCUGUGAAGAUACAGUAUAUGCACCGACUUUUCAUAAUAAUACAUUUCACAUGUAUCAUUUAUGUAAAAAAAUAGCUUUACACUUUUGUUUGUUCAAGUAAAACUUUAGCCAAAGCUGAGCAAUAGCCAAUUUUUUUUUCAGCUAUCAUAAAUUACAGUAAUUUACAGAGGAAAAAAUCUCUAAACAAUAGCUGAAACUGGAAUCACACUUAGCCAGUAUGCUAACUCUGCCUAACUUCCACAAAAAGUCAUUUAUAAAAUAUAAAAAACAGUAGUUUUGUUAGCGUUCUUUGUAAGAGUUUUAUAUUGUCAGUGUUUUCACUUGUGAAAAAUGAUUCCUUGUUCUCUUUUGUUGAGUUGUUUGCGAUACUUAAAUCAAAUUGCUUCAUCAUUUUUGGAGAACUCUUGAGUUGAAACUCUAAGGUUAAGUUUUAAGUCAGUGAGCUUGUUAUUUAAAACCUGUUCAGUGUUUUUAUAUGUCUAAAUAUUCAUUUUAGACUUAAACAGGAACUUGUUUCACUUUUUCAUGAACUUUUACAUUUGUCAUAAGACACAUUAUUAGACAUUAUUAUGCAGAUUGUUGUUAUUUUUUUCCUCUCAAAGCUCCUCCAACAUGGCGGCGCAGCUGAUGACGUAAUUACGCGGAGAUACAGUGAAAAAACUGGAAAACCUGCGCGAGCUGAGUUUCAGGUUGCUAGGCAACGGAGCACGCCAUGGCAGGACACACACAGCUCUGAUAAUAACAGUGUUUGUUUAACCUCGAUUUUAACACCGGAAUACUUUUAUGGAUCUGGGAAUGGUGACGACUAGUAAAAAAACUAGGUAGAGUUAGCAGAUAGCUCGAGCUGAUCUCUCCUGAGCUCCAGGAUGGCCUCCGAGUCGGUGAAGGUGGUGGUCCGAUGCCGGCCUCUGAACAACCGAGAGAAGACGCUCAACUGUAAGAUGGUGGUGUCUGUCGAUUGCAGCCGAUGUCAAUGUUUCAUUGAGAAGCCAGGAGCCGCCGAGGAGCCGCCCAAACAGUUUACAUUCGACGGGAUGUACUUCAUCGAUCAGACCACUGAGCAGAUGUACAACGAGAUUGCAUAUCCUCUGGUGGAGGGUGUCACUGAAGGAUACAACGGCACAAUUUUCGCUUACGGACAAACAGGAAGUGGGAAAUCCUUCACCAUGCAGGGGGUGUCAGACCCCCCAGCUCAGAGAGGGGUCAUACCAAGAGCUUUCGAGCACAUCUUUGAGACCAUCCAGUGUGCAGAAAACACAAAGUUCCUUGUGCGAGCCUCCUACCUUGAGAUCUACAAAGAGGAAAUCAGGGACCUUCUUGGGAAAGACACCAAACAGAAGCUGGAGCUGAAGGAGCAUCCAGAGCAAGGAGUGUACGUGCGAGACCUCUCCAUGCACACGGUGCACAGUGUAGGAGAGUGUGAGCGGAUCAUGGAGCUGGGCUGGAAAAAUCGCUCAGUGGGAUACACACUCAUGAACAAAGACUCUUCCCGCUCGCAUUCCAUAUUCACCAUCCACCUGGAGAUCUGCAACAUAGAUGCUGCUGGUGAAGACCACUUACGUGCCGGGAAGCUUAACUUGGUGGACCUGGCCGGCAGCGAGCGCCAGUCCAAGACCGGUGCCACAGGAGACCGUCUUCAGGAAGCCACCAAAAUCAACCUAUCCCUGUCAGCACUGGGCAACGUCAUCUCGGCGCUGGUCGAUGGACGCUCCAAGCACAUCCCUUACCGCGACUCCAAGCUCACUCGCCUCCUUCAGGACUCCUUAGGUGGCAACACACGCACCCUCAUGGUGGCCUGCCUCUCCCCGGCUGACAACAACUACGAGGAGAGCCUGAGCACGCUGCGCUACGCCAACCGCGCCAAGAGCAUCCAGAACCGUCCACGCGUCAACGAGGACCCCAAGGAUGCACUCCUGCGCCAAUACCAGGAGGAGAUCAAACAGCUGAAGGCGCUCAUCUCCGGUCAGCUCGGGACUGUAAGCCUCAUCUCUUUGCUAGCAGGUCAGAGGUCACAGGGGAGCACAGGCAUCCAGUCCAGGCCACAGAGCAGCGAGAAGGAGAAGAUUAAACAGGAUUAUGAGGAGAAGCUUGCCAGACUGCAGGCGGACUACAACGCAGAGCAGGAAUCCAAAGCUAAGCUCCAGGAGGACAUUGCAGCCUUGAGAAUGUCUUAUGAGACCAAGCUGUCCAGCCUGGAGAGAGCAAAAGCAUCAGAUGACUCCAGCAAAGAGGUCAGUCCUGUCAACGGAGCCACCCCAGAGCCCUCAGAGGCUUCCCAAGACAUGUUACAGGAGAGUGAACAAACCAAGGGAGUUAUUACAGCAGGUCCAGGGGGAGAGCCCGGGGUUCCAGAGUCAGCGGUUGUUGCUACGCCAGGCCCACUGGAUCGGAAACAUGUUUUGGAAAGGCUUCAUCAGCUAGAGCAGGAGUUUGUCGGGGGCGAGCAGGUGAGAAACGAGGAGCUGAGGCAGCGGCGGAGGCAGAGGAAGACUCUGGCUAACCAAAGGAAGAAGCAGCUGAUCGAGGCUCUGAGUCAGUGCAACGAAGACAGCGACGCCGUGCUGCUAAAUGUUUACGACUCCAUCCAGGAGGAGGUACACGCCAAGAGCAGGCUGCUGGAGAACACACAGAGCAAGCUAAAAGCUGCCAAGUUAGAGAUCCGAGAUCUGCAGGUAGAGUUUGCGGCUGAGCGUGAUGACUACCUGGCCUCCAUCAGACGUCUGGAACGUGAAACGCAGCUACUGCAGGGCCUCCUGGAGCGCAUGGUGACGCUGGUGCGCAGGGACUGCAACUACAGCAACCUGGAGCGCCUGAGGAAGGAGGCAGUGUGGGACGAGGAGAGCGGCGUGUGGAGGCUCCCUGAGGUGCUGGUGCAGAAAACAGCGCUACCUGCAGUGCCUUCAUCGGCAGCCAGCAGCUCCUCCAGACUCCCAGGACGCAGGAACUCAGCCACAGACCCAGCAGAGCCUUUCCUGGAGGAGGAGGACCGUUAUAAGGAGAUGCUGAACCGCAGCGACAGUGAAAACAUCGCCAGUAACUACUUCAAGAUGAAGAGAGCCAAUCAGCUUUUAUCAGGAGAGUCCAUGAAGAACCUCGCCAGUCACUCUGCGGUUCCAGGAAACGGUCCGUCGCAUCAAAACUCCUGUGGCUCAAACCCCGCUGCAGAGGCCCUCCUCCCUCGCCCGUUUCGCCUGGAGUCUCUGGGCAUCAUGCCUGCCAACACCAAAGCCAAGAGGAAGAAGAGCAAGAUGUACGUCUCCUGUGAUGGUAUCUGA